AUGGCCGAUAUCAAAAAACUGCAAACCGUCGGCAUUUGCACUGUGAAGGGCGUGAUGAUGACAACCAAGAAACGAUUAGCAGAAGUGAAAGGGCUCUCCGAGGCAAAAGUGGAUAAAAUUAAGGAAGCCGCAUGCAAGAUACUGAAAAAUGGAUUCAUAACUGCUUUGGAAGUUUGCGCUCGACGUAAGCAGUGUUUCAAAAUUUCGACGGGAAGUUCUGAAUUCGACAAAUUGCUUGGUGGUGGUAUUGAGAGCCAGAGUAUCACUGAGGUUUUUGGAGAGUUCCGCACGGGAAAAACACAGCUAUCUCAUACAUUGUGUGGUGAGUUCACAGAUUACUCAUGA